GGCCAGCGCGCUAAGGCCGGUGCAGACGGCGUCCAGCGCCGUCGGUCGUCGGAAAGCUUGACCCAUCGCCAAAGUUUGGUCAUGGCUUAGAGUUAUUACCAGAGUUCGGCGUAGCGGGCGAGACAGGGCGGAUGCACGCAGCCGUUAAAGUCACGUGUGGGGAGCAUGUGCGGGUGGCUUGGGUUGUGGCUUCGGUCUGGUUCACAUUUGUUAUUCAUGGUUGUUGUGAACUUGUGCACCGAGUGAAGGGUUUUAUCAUAGUGAGUGAAGUGUCUACUCCAGGCAUCCUACACCACGGUUUGGGCAGAGCGAUCAAGUUAACAUGAAACUCGAAGUCUUGGAGCGAAAAAAACUUUCGUCUGCACUUCGUACGAGAUUUCCUACGAUAC